AUGACCUUGCGUCUCACUUCAGCUCCUGUCGCCGGCAUUCAAAAACGGAAAUCGGCCAAGCCUCCCCCGAGAGCCCGCGCAUCGCCCUUUGCCUCUCAUGCGCGUCGCAAACCCAAUGCCACCCCAGCCGUGAAGCCCACAGACUUCGGUCUAGACGAACCCCUUCCCGACGAAGGUAUAUCUCAUUAUAUAUCGGAAACUGCGACCGCCGAAAAUGUGGAACAGGCGAUCCGAUAUGUAAGAAAUAAAAUGUUCGAUGAACUCCCUGAGCGAGCGGGGAUGAAUAGCACCCGCAUUGCGGAGGUUCUGAACCUGCGCCGAUCGCUACCCCCACUUGCCUCCGUGGCCCAUAUACACACUUUGUUGAAUGCGCCAACACAGGUUGAGCGAGAAAUUGUCGAGCUGGUGAAAUCAGGACGGGUGCGCCGUCUGAUUAUCCCAGGACGUGGCAAUGAUGCAGCUGGGCUGGGAGAUUGCCUGGUUCUCACGGAAGAUUGGGAGCAGCUGGUACGUGAAAGUUCAGCUCUGGAUAUCGGGAUCAAGGAGAAAUUCCUCGACAUCCUCAAUCGCAUCGGAACCCACUCUGCGCUCUCGCAAGGAAUCUUCGAAACCGACGAGUAUAGAGCUUUGAUGCGUGCUGGAUUUCUUGUCUCUUCUUCGACGCUCACACAGGGAUCUUUGAGUCUCGCAUCUCUCCCGAACCUGCCUGGUGCAGCAGUUUCGUCAGCUAGUCGGAGUGGGUCGGCCCAUUCCGAGCCUGAUCGACCUGUGCAGAGCGGCGCUCAGGCUCGUGCUGCGACUUUAUUCCUUUCCCUUCCUAAUACCGGGACAUACCUGCGAUUACUCGGCGAAGGGCGCGCGCAUCUCCUCGCCCUUCUCCGGCGGUCGCGUUGUGGUGAGGCGCCGCUGAGUUUACUUCGAGACCGGUGGGAUGGGGCAGUCGAAACCGAUAAGAGCUUCCACUUGGCGAAGAGGGCCCGAGGCGAGUUUGCAGGAAUUCUGCCCGGGAAAACAAAGAAGUGGAAAGAUAUGUAUGGCAUGCAAUUCCGUUGGGUGCUGGAAGAGGCACUAGGCGCUGGACUCGUAGAAAUAUUCGAAACAGGCAGUGUAGGACCAGGAAUCCGCUGUCUAUAG